AACCCGUAAUGUUUGCCUAGAUCCGAAAAUAAAAGUGAAUAGUUUCCCUUAGACGAAAACAAAUCAACACUAUUCUGCAUUCCUGAUCAACAACUGUCCAAAAAUGAUUUUAUUAUCUUCAGUUUACCGAACAGUAAUUGCAAUUGGCGACAGAUGCGUACCUUCCAAAUUUAAACCCUUGUGGGAGCAUCCAGCAGGUCCUAAAACAGUACAUUUCUGGGCGCCUGGGGUGAAAUGGGCCCUAGUAAUUGCAGGCAUUGGUGACUUACAACGUCCAGCUGAGAAACUCAGUAUUUACCAGUCUCUUGCACUGGCAGCAACAGGAACCAUCUGGUCCAGAUAUUCUCUUGUGAUUAUCCCAAAGAAUUUCAGUCUCUUCACUGUGAAUCUUUUUGUUGCAAUCACUGGCUACAUGCAACUUGCUCGAGCUAUCCAUUAUCGGUAUAAUCAAGAGAAAGCACUUAAAAUGGUGAAAGAUGGAUCCUCUCAAUAAAUGGUGGAUUCUCCUAGUCAAUGGCAAAAGAGGGAUCAUCUUAUUAAAGUCUAGUUGUUUGAUUGUGUAGACAGAGUUCCAGUUCCUCCAAGCCAGCAUAGUUGAUUAGUUGUUUGAUUGUGUAGACAGUUCAAGUUCCUCCAAGCCAGCGUAGUUGAUUAGUUGUUUGAUUGUGUAGACAGAGUUCAAGUUCCUCCAAGCCAGCAUAGUUGAUCGGUUUGAUGGGAAUCUUUAUUUUCUUUGUAUCAAUGGAAGUUUACUCUUUUUUUUUGGAAAAUCCCUUUUUAUUUUUGCUGCCCCAAAGGAAAUUAAAAAUCUUCACUUUCUGUAAUAUUUUUUGUUUUCCAUAAUUUAAAAAUAAUUUCAUUUUUCAGUUACACUUUUUUUUUACUUCUAGACAUUUUUAAAAUUGUUUUAAAAUGCAUUGUGCAUCAAGAGUAUUCAAAUUGUAUUAUUUUACAACUAGAUCAAGUAUAAUUCUUUUAAAAGAUAAAUUCAAUUAAGUUGUAUUAUUUUGUUGUAUGUAUUUAAACAGCCUUUGUGCUAACAUGCAUUUAUUUUCUUGUCUGUGGGAUUGCAGACAGAUUAUCUUUCCUUGAUAUUAGACACAUUUUAAAAUUAUUUUUUCUAAAAUUUUCUACACAAAUAUUGAAAUUAAAACAGUUGAAACGUCCAAAUAUUUAGCAUUAUUAGCUUACUGCAUUUAAAAACCCCAAACUAAAUCAUGUACCAAUCACUUUUUUAUUCUUGUCUGCCUGGUAGGCCUACUGCUAAUGAGAUAGAUUAACCUUAGAAUAUAACUCAUGUAGUUUGCUGGUUUUUUAGGGUAUAAUCUUGACUUUUUUUAAACAGUAAACAAGUAGGCAUUUAGUUUUAUAAAACAAAUGGCUUGUAUAUAAGUUAUUAGAUUUUUUAAAUGUGUGUUUUUUGGGGAUAUCUCAUUGUAUUAGUUUAGUUUUUUGUAAGACACCAUCGCCUGCAGAACCAGUUUAGUUUUUUGUAAGACACCAUCGCCUGCAGAACCAGUUUAGUUUUUUGUAAGACACCAUAGCCUGCAGAACCAGUUUAGUUUUUUGUAAGACACCAUCGCCUGCAGAACCAGGGUUGUACACCAUAGAAACCACAUGUGCAAUUAAGGCUUUUUGUAGUGACAUUGUCACAUUUGUCUAAUGUUUUGGAUAUCAAGACAAGAAAUGUGUAUGUUACCUGCUUGAAUGUGUUGUAUGUUACCUGCUUGUAUGUGUUGUAUGUUACCUGCUUGAAUGUGUUGUAUGUUACCUGCUUGAAUAUGUUUUAUGUUACCUGCUUGUAUGUGUUGUAUGUUACCUGCUUGUAUGUGUUGUAUGUUACCUGCUUGAAUGUGUUGUAUGUUACCUGCUUGAAUGUGUUGUAUGUUACCUGCUUGAAUGUGUUGUAUGUUACCUGCUUGAAUGUGUUGUAUGUUACCUGCUUGUAUGUUUUUUACCUGAUGAUCUGAGCCAUGACAAAAGUGACGUCUUCUCAGUAUUGUUUUAUUCAUUUUUUACAUUACUCAGGGGUGCCUUGUCAUUUAUGUUUUAAAUAUUUUUUCCAGAUCUUAAAUACUUGGGGUGAUUUUGACAAUUAUUUUAUGAGAUGAAUGUAGCCAGAUGUUUUUUUAAAUAGAGACCAACUAGAACAAUUUCAGACACUCAGACUGUUGUGUUGGUAAACAAGGGCGUGUUGGUGUUUAUAAAUGGGGCGUGCAAGCUUUUUUUGUUCAAGUGAAGGAGACGUGACCCACUCUACUGUUGAUUUGUUUUUUACUAAAUUAAAGGAAAAUAAAGAUAUCACUACAAUU